AUGUCGCUGCCCGUGAGCGAAGACAAACCGUACAGACAGGCCUCGAACUCUUGCAAGCGCCUGUACGAGGAAAUGAUCGCAUGCUAUCAGAAGUCUCCGUGCAUGCAGAGCGGCGAAUUCACCUUUGAGCAGUGCCGCCACAGCGAAGACCCUCGGCAAGUGACGGCGCACUGCAUCACGUUGCGGAAGGCGUACGGACAGUGCCGUCGGAACCUGUUGAAUCCGCAACUGAGAAUGAGAGGAAACAUGGUCGGUUCUUAA